AUGGGUAUUCUCAUGUAUUAUUAUGAUAAAUGCUUUGCAUAUAUCAUUCGAACAUUCAUGCGCCUUGCCAGAAAUGUGUCGGCCAGUCCAGAUGAAAUCCGCCAUAUCAAGUCCCGGGAUGCUGGCCGAACUAUCAAGGUUCACCUGUAUCGGCCUUCUGGCUCGGGGCCAUCACCUGUCCUCCUCAACUUUCACGGGAGUGGCUUCGUGCUACCACUCCAUGGCAGCGACGAUGAGUUUUGUCGUCAAGUCAGUCAGGAAACCAAGCAUACCGUCUUGGACGUCCCCUAUCGUCUGGCACCAGAACACCCGUUCCCGGCCGCACUGAACGAUGUGGAAGACGCCAUAAAAUAUGUGUUCACAUGCCCAGAUGAAUUCGACCUGACCCGUGUAUCUAUAUCUGGAUUUAGUGCUGGGGGUAACCUCGCGCUGGCAGCUGCGUCAAGCCUCUUCCCUCGCGAUAUGUUCCGCUCCCUGAUAGCAAUCUAUCCUGUGACUGAUCUAAGCCCUGGCCCUGCUUCAAAGAUCGCCCCGGCCCGUGGGGACUUUGUAAUUCCUCUUCCUGUGAUGCGCCUCUUCGACCGCUGCUAUGUACCCUCAUCGUUCGAUAAGCGGGACCCGCGGAUCUCGCCGCUCUACGCCCAGGUAGAUCGAUUCCCAAGACGUGUUCUUAUUAUCACCGCCGAUGGAGAUACUCUUGCGCUUGAGGCCGAGGAACUGGCCCAAAAGAUCAAGGAAUUGCAAGGGUGGCAUGUGGUCAGCGAGCGCAUGCAGGGGUGUAGUCAUGGAUGGGACAAAAGCACAAAAGUGGGGACUCCGCAAUACCAAGCUAAAGAGCGGGCUUAUAGACUAGCCUUCGACAUGUUGAACGAGUAG